AUGGGGCGGAUAUUCUUCGUAAAUAUAGGAGUAGGAAGACUGAACAUUGACCUUGGGGCGGCACUAAAAUCUCCACCUCCACCGGCACUCCAGGAUGUGUUGGUAGGUGGCGCAUGGAGUCCGAAGAUCUGCGUUGCUAGACAACGGAUUGCAAUCAUCAUACCUUUUCGUGACAGGCAGAAACAUUUGGAUAUUUUAGUAUACAAUCUUAUUCCGGUAAUGAAACGACAGAAAGUGUCCUUCCGAAUAUUUGUGGUAGAACAGUAUGGCAAUAAAACUUUCAACAAAGGUCGGCUUAUGAACAUCGGGUUCACGGAAGCGCGGAAGCACGGUGAGUUUGACUGCUUUAUCUUCCACGACGUCGAUCUAGUACCGGAAGACGACAGAAAUAUGUACACCUGCUCUGAGAACCCUCGUCAUAUGUCCCCGGCCGUGGAUAAGUUUAAUUAUACACUGCCAUACAAGGCGCUGGUGGGUGGGGUACUCAGCAUCAAGGCAGAACAUUUCUUCAAGAUCAACGGAUAUUCGAACCUUUACUGGGGCUGGGGCGCUGAGGAUGACGAUUUGCAUAAAAGACUUUUAGCCUCGAAGAUAAGUGUUGAUCGACCCCCAAUCACUAUUGGACGGUAUAAAAUGAUAAAACACGACAGAAAAGAUGUUUCCCAAGUCAGAUUGCAGUUAUUGAAAACAGCGAAAACACGUUACUUAAAGGACGGCCUUAAUACUUUGGAGUACAAAUUGGUUGAAACCCGGCUUGAGAAGUUGUACACACGUAUUAUAGCGAAUGUGGGUGAUCCUCCGAAGAAUCAGACUGAAUAUCCAAAAACGGAUGUUGGUGAUCCGCCGAAGAAUCAGACUGAACAUCCAAAAGCGGUCCUGGAUAAUCCGCCGACAAAUCUAACUGAAUAUUCAAAAGCGGAUGAGGGUGAUCCCCCGAAGAAUCAGGCCGAAUAUCCAAAGGCGGGUGUUGGUGAUCCGCCGAAGAAUCAGACUGAACAUCCAAAAGCGGUCUUGGAUGAUCCGCCGAAAAAUCGAACUGAAUAUCCAAAAGCGGAUGAGGGUGAUUCCCCGAAGAAUCGAACUGAAUUUCCAAAAGCGGAUGUGGGUGAUCCGAAGAGCAAUCAGACUGAAAAUCCAAUAGCGAAUGUGGGUGAUCCGCCGAAGAAUCAGACUGAACAUCCAAUAGCGGUCUUGGGUGAUCCACCGAAGAAUCGAACUAAAUAUCCAAACGCGGAUGUGGGUGAUCCGCCGAGCAAUUAG